AUGAAACAGAUGGUCAAUGACUUUGUGGUUGGCUGUGAUAUUUGUCUUAGGAGCAAGGAUGACAAUAUGGCCUAUCCUGGUCUUUUGCAGCCUCUCCUUAUUCCAAAUCAAGCAUGGAGCCACAUCAUAGAAGUUCGGGCUAGAAUUGGUAGUGUGGCUUACAAAUUGGAUUUACCUCCUGAAUCUAAGGUCUACCCUGUGUUUCAUGUCUCUCUACUCAAGAAAAAGGUAGGUGAUAGAGUGGUGGUGCAGACAACUUUGCUUAUCACUAGUGAUGAUGGUCAGUUCUUGGUGAAACCAGUUGCUAUUCUACAAAGGCAACUGAUCAAGAGGAAUAAUGCUGACGUAGUUAGAGUACUGGUACAAUGGUCGAAUCUACCUCCAGAAGAUGCUACUUGGGAGGAUUAUCAGUUUCUCAAAGCCAAAUUUCCAGAUUUCUACUGUAAUCCUUGA